AUGAUUUCCAGUUCGACAAUUGAUGUCCCCCAUUUGGGUGGUAUCAAAGCCGGCUAUUUCUUGUCAGGCAACGGAUAUGAUUCUUCAAAUCCAACAGUGGUUAUGAUAAAUUCAAUGUGCACUACAGUUGCGCUUUAUCAACAGCAAUUUGAAGAUAAGAAUUUAACCGAUGCGGUAAACCUCUUAGCCAUUGAGCCUCUUGGCCAUGGCUCGACGAGCUCACCAAACGAGCAUUUUACGUAUUGGGACUCGGCGAUAAUGGCUUUGCAAGUGAUGGAAAAGCUUGGUAUUAAGAGAGCCUUUGCGCUCGGUACUAGCCAAGGCGGCUGGGUUGUUGUUCGUAUGGCGUUGUUGAUGCCCGAGAAGAUCUUGGGUCUUCUACCCCUAGGUACAUCCAUGGAUUAUGAAUCGGCGAAAUCACGCGAACAAGGAGCCUGGGAGCCCAAUGCCAUUAUCGGACCCUUCGUAGAGAAAUGGACGAGCAAGACAGAAACUCCGGAAUUCAUCAUUGAUGAUGUUUGGUGCGGCAUGGUGGCUAGUCUGGGUUUUAGCGGUACUGUCUCUGCAGAAACCCUAGCUUUCUGGAAGGAAACAUUGAAAUCCACUUAUAUUGGAGAAGAGGGCCGCAAAAAGGGUACCGAGGACGCCCCUUUCGGCACAACUCUCCCCGCCGAGCAGAUCAAACUUUUUACCUCGUCCAAGGAAGCUAGAUUGACGAUGGUGCAAGGUGGUGGUCAUUACCUGAAUGCAACUAGUCCACGGGAGGUCAAUGAAGCGAUUCUAGAUAUUGUUAAGAAAUAUAAGAAAGCCUCCCCUGUCCUUCUCGCUACGGUGGUCGUUAUUGGUGCCUGUGUCUCACCUCACCCCCAGGACAAUGAGUCUGCCAAAAUAUGGUUCGACAUAGUGGAGGAGACCGCCUUCACAAAUGCAUUGUGGAAUCAGCAAAAUUUGGAUUUAUCCAAGAAACUCGAAUGUCUCCAGGCAAUAUACUUCGUCUGCCUCAUACAAACCUGGGAGGGAUCGGAAGAUGCCAAAAUACGGAUACGCCAGUCCCGCUUCGCAUCGGUGCUCAUGUUCGCCAGAAGCUUCGGAAUCAGCAGCGCAACCCAUGAGGAUCAUCGCUUUGUCGAAAUCUCGGAAGUAUGGUGGCGUCAAUUCAUCCUUAAAGAGCAAAUCAUACGGACGUUGACGUAUGUAUUCCUUCUCGACGUCGCAUUUGCGAUCUUUUAUAACUCUCCGCCGCGAAUGAUUAUUUCUGAGCUACAGAUGGAUUUAACCUGCUCUGAAGAGUGUUUCCAAACAUGUUCUGCAGAUGCAUGUCUAAAUCUGUUUGGGAAAUGGACAUCCGCUAUGCUUUGGGAGGGUAGCAGAAUGUCUCUUCGAACCGCCAUUCGCAAGAUUUGCCGCCAGGAGAUGUCGCUAGAAUUACAGACCACUUUUUCCGAGAUGAGUACAUUAGAUAUGUUCAGCAUUAUAUCAGCAUUGCAUGUCCUUGUUUUCCACAUGCAAAGCGACACUAUCAAUCCAACUUCCCACACGCUUGAGAGCGGUCUCGCAAACUGGAAGAGCCUAUGGGAAGUGCAAGAACUCCUGCGAAGGGAUGAAGGUAGUAACAUUUCUAUGGACUUAUGGAAGGGUGUAGGGUUUAUGCGCCACGCUGAGGAGUAUUGGCUUCUUGCAAACAUUUUGCUUGAGAGAUUCCGUGGCUCUCAGGAUGAUGAGUCAAAUGCAGAUUCUGCGGGCCUUGGACGGGGGGAUUUAGACUGCGCUUAUGAUGCCGGAAUGCACCAUUUGAAUAUCGUUAUCAUGGAGUAUCGACGUGCCACAUCGGAGGUAAUCUAA